AGUUUACCAACAUGUUCAUGUUUGACGACACACCAAGCAGCGGUGCCAUCUUCCGUCUUCUGUCUCUCAGCACGCUGGAACGCUCCGAUUGAACAUGACCCAUCCCGGCAUCGAUAACCGCAAUCAGCGCUGCUGAGGCGCGCGACUCAUCGACUUCGAGCCCGAUGAUUGUUCUCGUCAAGCAGCUUCGGAACCAUCAUUCCCCGAGAAAUCGAACCGGGUGAUCGAAGCUUUGCCGAGCUGCUGCGAGUUUGUUAGCUGUGCCAUAGUGAGGAGGGAUCCGGGCUGCUUGCCGAGCAGAAGAGCUUCGAGUUCGAUUCGUCCAGAUCUUUAGAGACCCAGGUCAGGAAAGCAUCCGACAAGCAUGGUCGAGCAGUUGCCCACUGCUCUGGUCGUUGUCUUGGCGGUCGCUUUCGCUGUGUUCCAAGCGCAGCCCGCACCUCCUCAAUCUCCGCUCCUCUAUCAGUGGGAAACUGACUACGCUCAUUGGACGGUUUACGAGAAGUACAGAAUUUUUUUCAAAGAUGUACAGGGUCUGGUCAACAAUAGUCGCACUCUCGUCGUCCUCCACGGGUUUCCUACAUCGAGUUUCGACUUCCAUAUGCUCCUAAAACCGCUCCGGAAUGCGUUCAGUCGGGUCGUAUUCAUCGAUUUCUUGGGCCAUGGAUUCAGCGAUAAGCCUAGAAAUCAUCAAUACUCUUUGAUCGAGCAAACGAAAAUUGUCGAGUUCGUUCUACAAGAGAUUGGAGUUUCGGAGUUGCACAUCCUUGCGCACGACUACGGGGGCAGCGUGGCGAUGGAAUUACUCAAGAAGCACCGGGAUACUUCCAAGAUCGCAAGCUUGACAAUCGAGUCUCUUGCGAUCAUCAAUCCAAGUCUUUUCUCUGAAUUAUAUCGCCAAACGUGGUUCAUGUAUCUGCUCCGCCUGCCGAUCAUUGGUCCGAUAGCAGCUCGACUGGCCAAUCGAGUCUCGUACGCGCAAGAGCUUGAUCAGAUAUUCGGGAGCCGAAAAAUAGACGAGUUCACGCUCAAGCAACUGUGGUAUUUCGCGCGCCACAGAGACGAAUACCGUGCAUGGCCGAGUCUUCUCUCAUAUCUGGAUGAGAGACCGCUUUUGGAGAAAGAGUGGCUGCAGACGCUGAAGCAGGCGAGCAUCCCCAUGGCUUUCUUCCACGGUCCUGCAUCUCCGAUUCUACCGUACGACGAGCUAAGUCGGCUCUACAGUACGCAUGUGCCGUCCAUCACCGUGGAGAAAUUCGCCGACGAUAUCGGUCAUUAUCCUCAGUUUGAAGACCCUGAGGAACUUUUCGAGAGAUAUGUGCUCUUCCUCAGAGGCAAGGCCAAGCUCGAUGUCGCGCUGGAGGAAACAGUCGUCCUGAUGACUCCUCAGAAUGCAGACCCGGCAGUCAAAUCCAUCUGAGCUCCAAGUCACUGACGCUCCCCUCCCGAGAAGCACCGCCAAAGCUCGGAAGGAAUCGAAAUCUCGAAUCGCCGGGUUCCAGCCUUCGAUUGGAUGCGACCCGGCUCGUCCUCACGGUGCAUCAGCUGGCGAGCUGCAGGGACGGACUCACGACUCCUUUCUCAAUGACUCAGACAAUCUUACGUGUAGUGUUACAGAUCCGUUGAGAGUGACGAUGAAUGCCGAUUAGUUUCUAAUGCGUUAGCGAAAGAACGCCAUGGUCAUGAGCCCGGGUAUACCUGCGUUUAUGAUCAUAUAUCAAAAGAAUGGC